CGGAUGUUUCCGACUAAUUGGUCUUUAUUUUUUUAAAGCAUAACUUUUAUUCUUUUCAAAAGUUUGUAAGUCCAGCAAGAUAAUUAUGUUUUACAAUAACAUUUACAAAAGUAUUUCGAAACAGUUGAAAUUACAACUUAAAACUGAUGUUUCCGGAGUUUUGAAACUUUUCUGAAGAUUUCAUCAACAAACCAAAAUGGGAAGCUGCGUGACGUUAUCACUUUAUCUCCAAUUAAGAAUAAAACUUUAAUACUGAUUGACGUUUCGCUGACACUUGGAUACAUUAUAAAGUUAUAGAUGUAAGAUAACUUAUUAAACUACCACAACUAUUGUCGAUGUUAUCAGCACAUUAUAAAAUGUUCUAUGAUGAAAUCUUAUGAAAAAGAACACAAAAGGAAUUGGUUCUCUGAGUUGAUAUUAGCUUCCCACCAAAUAUUAGAUAUAAAAGUGAAUAUAUCUUAAAGGCUCUUAUUGUAACAUAUUGGCCCCCACCUAUACUCAAAAUUACGGAACUAAAUAUAUUCAACAUGGGAACUGGCAGUUCUUUCUUACAUUCGCCUGAUGAUGAUGAUAUCAUUGGCGCCGACUGUGAUGGCAAUAGCCAUGGUGUCAUUAAAAGGAUCCCGAUUGAAAUGAAACCAAGGGGACGUCUAGGACUUCGAAAACCCAAAGAUGAAAGCUUGCGUUCAAUCGACUUAGACAGCCAGGAACUUGAACGCAAAAACAAAGAAUUUGAGAUGUAUCGGCGAAAUAAAGAACAGGAGAUCGCUAACAUGCAGAAGAAAGAACAAAAGCUAAUAAAUGAGAACAAGAAAUUUCGAGCAGAGUUGUUGGCUCUUCAGAAAACUUGUGCCAAACUACGAGGUGAACGAGAUUUGGCAACUCAAGCUGAAAGCCAAGCACUUGCAAGAGCUGCUGCAUUUGAAAAUGAUCGAGAUAAGAUACAAAGGCAAUUCAAAAUUUUUCGUGAGACAAAAGAAAGUGAAAUUCAGAACCUUCUCAGAGCCAAACGUGAAUUAGAAAGCAAACUUCCAAAACUAAACAGAGAUCUUCUGAAUGAUACCAGUGAAGAUGAUGAUUCUCCAGAAUCUGGUUUGGAGUCUGUUGGUAGUGCUUAUCCUGGAGACUGGUGGACAGCUUUGGAAAGUGAACCUUCACUUGGUAGCACGUUCCAGUUACAUCCAACAUUCCGUGGACCAGAGUUAGCCAACUGUGUCAUGGAGCUGGAAGGACCAUUCACCAAUGUUAAUAAAGAGGAUUGGAGUUUGGCCCUUGGAAAGCUUACACAAAUCAGCCCUACAAUUCCAGAGCAUUUAAUUGCUAAUGUAGUUCGAAUUUUUGUGUCCAUCUCUAAUGAUAGCAAAAUGGAAUUUGAUAUUUUUCAAAAGGAUUAUGCUCCAAAGCUUGCCAGUCUAUGUCAAGGGGAAGGCCGAACUUUGAUUGUUGUUAACAUGCAUGUAGAUGAUGAUGUGAGCCUAUCAUCAACGGUGUUUGAGCUUCAUUUGCAAGCAAUAAAAAGACAAAUCCAGAUGUCAAACUUGUAUUUAGCUUUCAGAGGGGUUGAGGCUAACAGGUUUAAUAGCUGGGAAUACAGCUGGGGACAUCUAGAUAGCCUUGGGGUGCGACCUGCUGUAUUUUGUCUUCGUGAAAAAUAUGAUGGCACGCAAAUAAAUAACCUGAACAUCCAGAGCAGUAACGUCCGUGUCUUGAAUGGUUAUAACACACCAGCCAAAGGUGCUGAGUUAGCCUAUAAUGAAAUUGACAAGAUAUUGAAAAUGGAACUUGGUAUUGAUGCCAAAAAGGAAAAACCAGAAAGUGACUGUGGUUACUCUGAACUAGAAGGUCCUGAACAACUAUGUGGUGGUGCUUUGUGGGACAUCCAAUGUGACUAUGAGCAUAUGGUAGCUCUUAAUGCUGCACUAUCUUCAAGUUGUGAGCUUGGCUUUGAGAAGUAUUAUGAGCAAUUGAAUAGUCAUGUACAUGCCUGUGGACCUCAGCCACCCCUUUUGAUCAUUGGUUCUUCUGGCACCGGUCGUUCUUUGCUCCUAGCAAAAUGGACCCAACUUCAUCAAGAAAAAUAUCCUAGUUGCUUAGUCAUGUGUCAUUUCGUCAGAUCCAAGUCUUCUGUUGGUGCUGAUCCCAUAUUUAUGAUCCGACGGUUUACAGCCCAGCUGAUGCAGCAUGUUACCUCACCACCUGCUUUGACAUGUAACCCUGUACGUCUGGAAGAGGAGUUUCCUCGAUGGUUAGAGAAAGUUUCAUCAAGACUACCUGGCGGGGUAGUUUUGGUACUUGAUUCUGUUGACCUCUUUCAAGAAGCUGAAGAACACCUCAAGUGGUUAUUGGAUCCGUUGCCUGUUGGUGUUCAUGUGAUAGCAACCGUAAAUGAAAAGUCUUGUCCACAGUCUUGGAGACAAUGGGCAACACUUCAUCUAGAUCCAUUAAGCAAGAAAAAUGUCAAAGAACUUCUCAGGGCAGAGCUAGCUUUGUUUGACAUUCGUUUGAGUCAAGAAGAAGAGACCAGUUUCCUAGAACACUGCCAGACUGAUGACACUUGUGCACCACUGUUUACUAUGGUUUUAACUCGACAUAUUGUAUGGACAGUGAAGCGUAGUGAGAAGUCUAAGGAAUAUCUGAAAGACAUCCUGUCCUGCAAUGACACAGUAGAUCUAUAUGUUUGUGUCUUAGACAAAGUGCAGACUAUUUGGGAGUCAGAAAAUACAAAGGACAUCAUGGUGCAGAUCCUGAAACUACUUUGUGUAAGCCGUAAUGGACUUAAUGAAAACGAACUUCUGGCAUUGGUGCCUGGACUCACAUGGUCGAUAUGGACACCAAUUUUUAAUGCACUCUGUGAUCAGUUAAUUCUCAAAUACCAGACAGGUCUAGUGAUGCCAGCACAUGAACAGACGACAGAGGCAUUGUAUGUGUUCUGUUUCAAGCGAGACCAGAAUGAAGAAGAUGUAGUGGAAACUCGUCAACUAUUGAUAGCCCAUUUCAGUGGAUUGCUCCGACCUGGUCAUGUGACAUGCCGUGUUGCUGAUGAAUUACCAUGGCUGCUUAAAGAAAGUGGAGAUGUUGAUGGCUUGAAGACGUGUAUUCUUAACCUCUGUAUCUUUCAGCGUCUCUAUGCUCGAGGUCGCUGUGCAGAGCUUAUUAGCCAUUGGCAGUUGAUAGGAGCAGACAAAACCAGCAUGGCUCAAGAAUAUCUAGUCCAAACAAAACAUAUGGAAGUUCUCAACCAAUCAGAUGGAAAUGUGUCAGGAAUUGCUGACAUGUAUGAGACUCUUGGACGAUUCCUUAAAGAUCUUGGAUUAUUAAGCCAAGCCCUGCCUGCCCUACAGCGGUCAUUAGAGAUUCGCGAAACUGGACUUGAUCCUGACCACCCUGCUGUUGCUCGAUCUUUGCAUCAGCUAGCUGGUCUCCAUGCCCAGUGGGGAAAAGUGAGUACUGCUGAAACUCUUUACAAGCAAGCUCUAGACAUAUAUGAAAAUGCUCUUGGAUCUGAGCAUUAUCUGGUUGCCAAAGAACUUGAUGCUUUAGCAGUGCUGUACCAGAAACAGGACAAACAUGAUCUUGCUGAACCUUUGAAGAGACGAGCCCUCAUAAUCAAAAAGAAAACACGUGGCCCAAGGAUUAGUACAGGUCAAAUCCGAGGCAUUGAUCCCAUGGUACAGCGUCGUGCCCUUCGUCUGGAGGAACUUUCCAUGGGACCUGAUUCAGCUGACCUUGCUCACACCCUUAAUGAACUUGGUGUUCUCUACUAUUUACAGAAUAAUCAAGAAUCAGAUCUGAUGACAGAUACUUAUUUGCCGGAUCAUCCAAGUGUUGCUUCAAUCAAUAAACAUCUAGCUGUUCUCUAUAAGAAACUCGGCCAGUACAGUCUUGCUGAACCACUUUACAAACAGGCAGUAGAUAUUCGUGAAAGAUCCUUUGGAAAGAAUCAUCCUGCAGUUGCUACAGCAUUAGUAAAUCUUGCAGUUCUGUUUUCACAGCAGAAUAAGUAUGAAGAUGCUGAACCUUUGUAUGAACGAGCUCUGAAAAUUUAUGAGGAUAGUUUUGGUCAACAUCAUCCAAGAGUGGCUGAAACAUUGAGAAAUUUGGCUGUGAUGAAAUUUAAUCAGGAGGAUUAUAAAACUGCUGCCCGAUUAUAUAAGAGAGCCACUGAAAUCAAAGAGACUGAAGCCAGUUACACAGGAAAGGACUUCUCUCGGUGCAGUUCUGGGGGUGAUACAAACUCUACUGUGAAAAACAGUGAGCGAACUGUAGGUUAGGCUCAGGAAAGAACACUUCCUUAUCGACCAUACAAAUAAUUGUUUUAGUAGUUUCAGGACUGCUCGCUCACUAUUCAAAUAUGAGCUAAUCUAGUGGGCCUGUAAAUAUUUAGCUUAUUUAAUGAGAUGUUAAUAUAUUGGAAGGUGUUUCUGACUUGUGUUUCAAUAGAAACAUAUUGCCCAUAGAGAGUUCACAACUACGUAAGUGAAAUGAUAACAUUAUUAACUUAUUUUUUGUUGUUGUUCACAAUUAUACAUGUUUGGGAAAUGUUGUCGGGAGUACACAAAACAUUUCAGACCCUUGAUCAACUGAAAAGUUAUAGAAACAUAUGACUAUGUUGCUAAUAUUUACAAUAUUGUUAACUAUAUUCUGCAUCAAUAUAAUAUAUAAAAAUAUAAUAGAAUAUAAAUUACAACAACUAGCUUGAUAUAGAUUGAAACAGUUGACUUACCAUAUCAGAUGCAGACCAAAAGAUUUAUAUUCUUGAAUGUAAAUCAUCUGGUUUGCUUCAAACUGUGAUGAUCCAUCUCUUUUAAUCAAUAUCAAUAUAAUUUUAUAUAUAGCAUGCUGCACUUUCAACAUGUAAAGAAAGAAUUUCUAGCUGGAAUUACAAUCCAAUCAUAGACUUAUAACUAAUCCACAGUGAAAACUAAAUGUGAUUUUUUGCAGUAUCUCAUUAAAGACUCACUGUUUUAGUUUAAAAUCUCUUUGUAAGUUACAUUUGAUUCUUCUAUGAAGUGUUUUGAAAGUGAUAUCUUGUGGUGCGACACAAAAGCUAAUUUCUUUAAACGUGCUUUUGUAAUGUUCAUGGCAAUACCUUAUAUUGUAUAAGGAAUUUGAAUUGAAACUUAUAUUUUCUGAAGUAACCAAAGUGCAGUUGUAUUUGCUGUCUCCUUAGUUUCUGUACAGGCCAAAUGUAUUUUCCCUUCUCAUCAGAAUUUCAAAGAUAGUAAUAUAUAUUGGAAUCAAAUGUUUACUUCCACCCUUAUAAAGUUAGACUAUUAUGCCACAGGUUUACUAGAUUUAUGUGUAUUGACAUAGUUUACUAUCUCUAUACCUGCUGAAAGUUAGAACCCAACAACACUGUUGCCAAAAAUAAUGUUACUUUGUCUAGAUGGCUAUUAUUAAAACAUUACAUAUUUCUUUAUUUGCUUUCCACAUAGUCAUUACUGCAUUUCACUAAAGACAUCAUUGCCUUCAAUUUAUUCAAAAGAAGGCAAUACACUAAAGGGUUUCUUAAUGAUUUCUGUAGCUCAUCAAAAAUAUCUAAUAUCAAUAAUGAGUUUUUUUUCUUUUACAUAGAAUUGUUACUUAGGUAAUUAAUCCAGGUAGAUUGGGUUAAUGAGUUUUAGCUGGAGGUUCAAUGAGAAGUUAGUGAUGACAAUACAAAACGUCAAAUUUUAAAUUUGAACAGGUAGAUUGGCAAUCUACAAACUCAGCUGAUUGCAGAAAUUAUAAUGAAACUGAACAACUAAAAGCAAGAACAUAUUGUAAACAGUUAUAUUGAAAAUACAAUAUAAACUUAAUACACUUAAUAAAUGCAAGCAUAAAAAUUCAGAUCAGAUAUGAUGAAAGUGAUUUUAAUGAAAAAGGUUACAAACAUACAUAGAUGUUUGUAACGUGCAAGCAUUCUUGUAUCCCCAUGCAACAUACAAAUAUGUUGUGUCUAGUGAUGGUAUACUCUCAACUUAAUCUUCACCAGUUCUUCCACAGCCAGACACAAUCAAAUAUUUACCAGACUGUUGUUUGUUUGUCUUCAUCUGAAAUUCCAUUUCUUAGAACUGUAUUUUCUUCCUAAGAAUAUUGAUGUCUUCCAAUGCACAACUUCUUAAAUUGUCUUUCAAAAUUAUUUUGAUUAAAGAGAAACAAGUUCUCUUUUUUUCCAAAAUGUUUGCUUCCUGCCAGAAAGCAAUUGGAAACCAUGAAUCAUGUUAAUUUCAAGGAACAUAGAAUGGCUUUACCAUAGUUUCUUUCAUGGGAAAGGUUGGGGUGUAAUUGUCACAGCCACCAAGCUAAAAGAGAUUUUAAUUUUACACUGCUAACCUAACAUGUAGUUAUUAGCUGUACCUCUUUAUGGUACCUGUUUGAGCCAUCAAUAACUAAAUCUCUUAACCAUAAACAGCACUACAUUGCUGCUGACAACCACCACCAUUCACACUUCAGGUUGUAGUGUUUGUAGUCUGUUUAAUUUGCUGCAACACCACUUAGCAACAAAUACUGUCUCAUAAAUAGCAAAACAUUUUUUCUAGUCAUAUUAUUGAUAAUUUUCUGUUUUGUUAUAAUAAUAAAAACGGUAUUUUCUUGUUUCAGUUUAUAAACAUUUGUACAAAUCUAAAAGAAAAGAAUUAAUAAAAUGAGAAAAUAAAGUAAUUUAUAUUUUAGUAA